UUCUCGUAGCUCGAGAAGAUUCUAAUCUGCUGCAGACAAACCUUGCAAACCUUGAGACCUGCAAUCGGAUCCUCCAACGCGAAGUUCUUCACGUAGUCUGUCUGUCUCUCCCUCUCUCGUCCUCCCCCGUGUUUCUACGGCAGAUCGUCGGGCAUUCGUCCUGGGGUCUUAAUUGCAGUACGGAGCGUAGUUUCUUCUUGAAUUUUGUUUGCCAGUCUCCCUCUGCUUUGCGUGGGGUCAGUAUUCUGCGCAGAACCUAAAGUGGAGGAGUUUUCACUGUCAGGUCAUUUGAAGUUCGAAAUCAUGAGCGUGAGAAGCAUUGUGAUGCCAGGUGGAUGCGAUGCACUUGUCAUUGUGGAGAGCGGAAGCAGAGGCGAUCAUAGUGUUCCUGUGUUUCUCACGAGAUGACAGUGUCGAGCGGGGGGCUUCGUGAUUGCUCCAAGCGGAUGGGUUGGGAUGUGAUCAGAUUGGGUGUGUAUAAGCGGAUGGUAGCAGGUUUCGUCCAAUUCAUGGCUGGUGGCACGAGAGUCAAGCUGAAGGUUUCGGAGGAUUGGAGGAGCCUUUUUCUUAUGCAAUGAGUAUUCCGGGUGGGGGGCAGUGCUUCUGUUGUGAGUGGCCGAGCACGUGAGAGCACGUGAAAGAAUGCGGCGAUUUUGUGGAAUUUGUCUUUGAAUUAUGGAGCCUGAGAAUCCCCCGACUGUGCCCCCGACUGUGAAGCCCCAAGAUGUGCUUGAUAAGUUGAUGUACGACGGCACCUUCGAUAAUCUGCGAAGUUCUUUGAUUAUUAAUUUGAAGUCAAAUGAUGAUCUGAAAAGCUAUAUUUUAACUUUGGUUGAGAAUAGUGAGGUUCUUCGAAAUUCGGAUGUUGAGACUAAAAGCAGAAGACAGCUUAUGGAGGACCUUCGUAAUGAACUCAGUUCUUCCGUCUUGGAGAAAGUGUCGACGGCAGCUUGGGAAUUAAUGCUGUCUACUGAAGGAUUGGGAAUGGAAAUAACAGAGAAGGUGGAUGAUACAUUUUGCGAUUUGACUGCGUCUUCAACUUUGGGGUGCGACUGCCAUCCAGGAGUUGGGUCAUCUUUAAAGAAAUUAGGAUCCUUAGAUUGUGAUAGCAGUGCUGCUGUGAAUACGAAAGUAGUUAGUGAACAGACGUCGGUGGGAUCCAAAAGGCUUAGAGAGGAAGAGGUAGAGAAACCUAUUAUAAGCUCAUCCAUGGAGCCUGAGAGUGCCAUUCGGACACUUACUGUUGAUAGUAAGGUGGUCGUCAAGGUGGAGCACGAACCAGCCUCUUGCAAUGGCUCGACAACGGAUAUGCCACCACAAUCGAAGCAUGCAAAAGGAAAUCGGGAUGUUUGGGUGGGUUCCUCUGACAGUAUAAAUGACCCACAGAAACACGAUUCUGUAGGGCAGUCAUCUCAAGGAAAACCUGAAGAAAGAGUGCGAGAGAAUGGUCAUAUCUCAAGGGAGCAGCCGUCAGGAGCGACUGAAAGAGCUUCAGAAUCUUGCCACUCGGAUUCAUAUGAUGACAAUAUGUCCAAACCCAGGGGACCAAAGGAGGUGUGAGUUGAAGAGCAUGCCUGUUUGAAUCGACUUAAGAUCACAUCCAUCCUUGGCUGGAGAGGCGUAAGAGUUGGUUGCAGGAAGAGUAUCUUCACAACCUUCGGAAGCAAGAUCUUGUUGGAUAGUCUUCACGAAGGUUCUUAUUUCUGCAGGUUAAUUAGACGUAGUUGAAGAGUCUCCUAAUGCUUCCUCUGCUUACACGGACAGGUCUUUAUCAAACUCCAGGGCGGAUGGGUUGCAAAUCUUUCAUCUGGAUUUGAAGAACAUGACCGUUAUCUGUACACUGUCAUUGUAUGGAUUCGAGCGCACUCGGCACUGAACCCACAUUUGCGACUAACAUAAACAGGAGUUCGUGAUGCCGCUCGAGUAGAUGGAACUUUGGUACACUCUGGGCGACCGAAAGAGUUGGAAAUCUAUCAGUAUCCCGACCUGGUUUUUCUUUAUGUCAAUGGUCCGGAUCCUCGGAAAUGGGUUAUUGCAAAUUCGAGAAAUGCGGCAUCAAUGCUUUCUUCUUUCAUUAGCGUACUCAUAAACUGCGAGGACUGGUGCAGUGCAUGAAGUUCACAGGGUUUGCCUCAAGUUGAAUGCCAGAAGAAAGCACUGGUUCUCACGAAAGUGUGCGACACACAUACAUGUUUUGAGUCUUGCGAAUCACCUAGUGGGAUGCAUGGCAUGAACUGCAUUAUUCGCCCUCGUUGAUUCCAAGUUUCUGUACUGAUACUUGCCGAAGAUGCAAACUUGAAUAGAAAACCUAGAAAGGGAUGAUCAUUGGAUGUCCACAUGGUCGUAUUCUUCAGAGUCUACACAAUGGGUGAUACAUCAGCGAGCAGUAUACUACCAAAAGGUAUUGAUGUUGUGAAGGAGUGAAAAGGCCAGGCUUGGAAGGUGGGGAUAUAUGGGAACGCCCAGCAAAGAAGCACGC